GGUUUCACACGUGUAAUUUUUUUUUUUGGUUUGAACUACUUGCACUUUUAAGUUAAAAAUUGUAUUAUAAAUUAUCUAAUUCUAUAAUAAUGACUGGCGAUUUGUAACUAAUUAAUUGUUUUAUCCCUUAGCAAUUCAACUUUUUAUUAUCUUUGUUUUUCUUAAUAUGUUAACAUCGACGUAGAAAAUAAGUUGAAUCGAACGAACGUAAAUGUUAUUGAUUGUACAAAAUUACGGAAGAGGGUUUUCGUUUCUACCACUACCAUUUUGGUAUUUCGCUGUGAAGGCGUGGAGAACAAAAUGUCUUCUCACCUUUGUUGGGCAAUUAUACGGAAUAACAAUGCGUACUUGUUAAAGAAGAGGAAUAUCAGUAAGCCCUUUAGCACGGAACCAAACAACCUGGUCAACUUGAGUGCCUACAAGUAUAAUGGGCUCAUUCAUAAAAGGAGUGUUGGAAUAGUAGCUGCUCCCGACAACAAGGGCUUCACUGUCGAAUACAAGAGGAAGAAGGCCACUAACAAGCCUGCAAAGUCCACUGUGAAGAUUACGAUGAAGGCUGGUCCGCGUCGCUCCCUCUACAAACUGAAGAGGCUUAUUAACUGCAACCGCUACAGGAGGGAUUUGACCAAGGCUGCGUUGCGGAGAGCAAGUGCUGUGAUCAGGUCGCAGAAACCUCUCCCUGUGAAGAAGGCACGUGUGAAGAAAGCAGACUAAAGCUUCUACAAAAACAAAUUUAAAGAUGUAAUAAAUACAAAAUUUGUUUAAA